AUGGUGUUUCGCUACGUGCAUGAAGAGUACACGCGUGAUGUUGCAAUUGAAGAUAGCAUGAUAUCUCCAAUGCUGCCCGUUACUGUUGCCCCAUGUGUGGAUGGCAACGACCAAUGUGCGUACUGGGCUGUGAUCGGAGAAUGCGAGGCCAACCCGCGCUUCAUGUUGGAGGUCUGUCGCGCAUCGUGCCACGUAUGCGCGGGGGACGAAGGUAGGCCCUUGUGCUUCUUGGACCUGGCCAGGUUCCUUUCCGAAGAGGAGUGCGAGGUGCUCAAAACUAUGGCCGCGCCCCACCUUCACGACGCCAAGACCAUCAACCGAACCACAGGGGCUUCUUUGCCGGACAAAGUGCGCACGAACUCUCAGAUGUACUUCGACAGGGCAAGCCACUACCAGGACCCCGUGGUCGCCGCAAUUCAGCAUCGCAUGCAAGUCCUUGCGCGGAUUCCUCCGGGGCAUUCAGAGCCUUUGCAGGUGGGUCGGUACCGCGAGGGCGAGUUCUAUCAGCCGCACUAUGACUCGGAGCCUGCACAAAACGUGCGGCGUGCAGCGACUGUGCUGGUUUACCUGGAUCCGCCGGAGGCGGGAGGAGAGACGAUCUUUCCUAAGCACCGCCGGUGCCAGGAGGCCGACUUUGAAGACUGCUGCUCCCGCAUCGAGGAGCUGGUGGUGAAAGAAGGAGGUGGGUUUGCAGUGAAGGCGAAGACAGGCACAGCAAUUCUCUUCUUUUCUCACGACCUUGACGGCCAGCACAAUCCCCUUUCCAUGCACGCAUCGUGCCCGGUGCUGCAAGGAGAGAAGUGGGUUGCACAACAGUGGUUUCGACUUGAGUGUGGGCCUUGGCUGUGA